AUGGACAAGAUCUUGGAGAAUCCGUACGUGGCGAACGUCAAGUCGCACAUUGAGCAGCUUGGCCCAGUCCCACAGCCUGUAAUUGGUGCCUUUGCUGGCAUCGGUGCUCUUUGGCUGGGAUGCAAGCUCUUCAGCUACCUCCAGCUCAUCUUAGGCUCAUUCAUCUUCACAGGCCACAGUCUUCGCAAGUAUGGACAAGCCGGGUCCUGGGCCGUCGUCACUGGGGCCUCAGAUGGCCUUGGUAAGGAGUACGCCUCUCAGCUCGCCGCCAAAGGUUUCAACCUCGUCCUCGUUUCCCGAACCAAGUCCAAGCUCGAAUCGCUCGCCAAGGAGCUCGAAGAAAAGUACAAUGGCAAGGGUCUGAAGAUCAAGAUUCACGCCAUGGAUUUUGCCAAGGACGACGAUGCCGACUACGAGAAGUUGGCCGAGGUGGUUCGCGGCCUCGAUGUGGCUAUUCUUAUCAACAACGUUGGACAGAGCCACAGUAUGCCUGUUUCCUUCCUCGAGACACCCAGAGACGAGCUUCAAAACAUUGUGACUAUCAACUGCCUUGGAACCCUCAAGGUUACGCAGAUUGUUGCUCCUAUUCUCAAGCAGCGCAAGCACGGAUUAAUCUUGACCAUGGGCUCCUUCGGUGGUUGGACGCCCACUCCUUAUCUUGCUACGUACUCCGGCAGCAAGGCCUUCCUGCAGCAAUGGAGCAAUGCGCUUUCUUCUGAGCUUGCAGACGACCACGUUGACGUCUACUUGGUUCUUAGCCAUCUUGUCACCACUGCCAUGAGCAAGGUCCGUCGCCCAAGUUUGUUGAUUCCUAACGCCCGCAACUUUGUCAAGGCUGCUUUGGGGAAGAUUGGUCUUGGAGGCUACCAGACGGCUCCUAACACCUAUACUCCGUGGUGGAGCCACUCGUUUAUGCUGUGGUUGAUUGAAAACGUUCCUGGCGUCAACAGCCCCAUCACUAUCUGGUACAACAAGAAGAUGCAUUUGGAUAUUCGCAGACGGGCUCUUCGCAAGCAGGCUCGUGAAGCUAAGAAGCAGUAA